ACCCAGACCGGCGAACUGGAGGUAUUUUGGAAGGGUGCGAAAAUUCAUUCAGUCCGACAGAGGUUUAAACCAGAGAUGAGUCAGGAACGAACAGACAGUGAUUGCUGCUUCUCAUCUUUAACAUCAUCUGGUCGGCAUACGUUCCUGAUCCAUCAGUCAGGCGGAAAGCCGCUUCUUCUGGACACUAGCAAAGCUUCUGAAUGCCCGCGACUUGAUUCAUUAGAGGAAACAACAUUUAGGGAUGCUUUCAGAUCCAAAGCGCUUCCAGAAUGGCCACCAGGACAUGAUGAUAUCGAUAUCAAACUGUUUAAGAUUCCAAAAAUCGGAAACAAUAGUGAAAGGAGGCUACUCUACGUCAUAUUGCAUGACAAAGUGUUGCGGUGUAGUGGUUCUGAAUCUGGUCCCGUGGGUCGUUGGUUGACUUGGCUCAUACCCCCGCUCCCUUCUUUCUUCACGCAAUUCUUCCAAAACUACAUGCUGACCUCAAGUUCAACGAAGGACUGUCAAAAUGAGAUGCCAAUUCUCUCAAAUGAACUGCUCCAGAGUUUGAGUGAGGUUGACGAAAACAUCCCAAUGGAAACAAGCAGCAGCGAGCCAAUCAAAGAAGCGAGGAUGAUAUUCUCAUCACCGGCAUGUUUGAAUGCAUCUUUCCCAAUGGCAGGGCCACAUGGCGAUGACGACCUGGAUAUUGAUUUGGAGGCGGCAAGGAAGGCUUUCAAACUGAUCGCCUCGAAGGAGAUACUUCUUGAAUGGAUAGCUGAAGUCGUAACCAAUGACAUGUGCAGAACCAUCCAACUUGAACAGCUGACCGAUAUGGACCUUCAAUUUUUCUUCAUUCUUCUCGAGUGCCCUAUUUUUCACUAUCCUCAAUUUCCGUGGUGCCGGAAGGUUUUGACCGCUCUAGGAAAAUUGUUGAUAUCUGGUCACGGCAAACGGAACGUCUUAAGUCGAUUGGAAAGGUGGUGGGCAUACGAACCCGCGUCCUUUCACGGAACAGUGGCUACCUAUCGGGGAGCUAUCAGCAUGCUCGCAGAAAACAGUGUUCUCCAAGCGAAUGAACAGGACAACUUCAAGACGUACCUCAACGUUCUACAAUGCCUUCACGAGAUCAAUAUCAAGCACGACAUCAUUGAUUUUAAAACAUUCUACCUGACUCACCUGAACGCAAGCGGUCUGGAAGAGGAUUUGGAACGCUCCAUGCAACAUCAACCUCGAUGGAGAGUCUCGAAGUACUUUCUCUCGUUCAUUCAAGCUGAGAGAUUUUCUUGGAUAUCAUAUCCAUUCCUUAUUGAUCUGAAAACCAAGGCAUACCUGUUGGAAUCACGAUGCAAGAGAGAGCAAAAGAAUGCAAUGGAAACUAAAGUAGAUAUUAUUCGACGUGGAAUAAUGCAAUGCAUUCAACAAGAAUUCCCCGGACUUUCUCCGAAUUCCCUGGAGUUCUCAAUCAUCUCUGACAUGUUUGAAGUUUCGUGUAAUUUUGUGCCUCCUCCACGCCUUAACCUUGUUGUGAAUCGGGAUGACAUCUUCGGAGGAAGGGUACGGCAGCAACUCUCAGAGAUGCUGACGAGACCCAGGACUGAUCGUCAGAUGCCGCUCAUGGUCGUCUUUGAAGGCGAAGACGGUAUUGACGAAGGAGCGUUGAGUCUGGAAUUCUUCAGGCUUGUUUUCCAUGACCUCCUGGAUCCGGAAAAGCACGAUAUUUUCCGAUAUAUUGACGAAGAGGACCCGACUCAGUCACAAGUCUGGUUUCGAGAGGAAUGCUCGAGCAUUGAUAAUGCGAAGAUAUGUGGUCUUCUACUUGGAUUAUCACUGUACAACAAGGCAUUUGUACCCAUACCGGCUUUUCCACAAGUCCUCUACGCAAAGCUGCUCGGAAAGGGUCCUGGUAGUGAGAUGGAGGAAUUAGAAAAGCUGGAUAAGGAAUUCGCGGAUCAAAUGAAGAAACUCCUCGAUAGCUCGGAGGAAGAGGUACAGGGGAUUUGCUAUGGUGAGGAGAUAGAGCUCGAUGAUGGACGACUCGUGGACGUCACUAAAGAAAAUGUACGCCUGUAUGUCGAGAAGAAGAUACGGCAUUAUCUCGCUCCGUCACAGUUUGCGGCAUUCAAAGACGGGUUCUAUUCUUUGUGGGAUGCCAAAAUCCUGGGUAUCUUCAGACCUGUCGAGUUCGAAGCUCUUAUCAAUGGCAAGAACUACUUCGAUUGGAAGGAUCUAGAGACGUCCACACGGUACUUAGAGCCCUACACUGACUCGCAUCUGACGAUCAGGAUGUUCUGGGAAUGCUUCCACGCUCUAGAUGACGGCCAGAAGAGAAAGUUCCUCGUUUUUGUGGCGGGGACUGAUCGUGUACCGGUCGGUGGAUUAAAAGACUUCCAUCUCACGAUCGCUGAACUUCCGAUCCCAGAAGAUGCAGAGGGGACUCCUGAAGAGAGGUUGUCCUUACUGUGCCCGAUGGCCCACUGCUGCGAUAACAACCAGUACAACCGAACACUUGAACUUCCCAUGUAUACCAGUAGAGAGAUGGUUGAGGAUCGCUUGGGGACAGCACUGUCCAUGUACAACAUCCCAUUUCAUAUUGCUUAGAGCUCUGUGAAUAUACAGAAAAAGAGGUAGGCCUAGCAGUGUUAAUUGAUGAACCUUCAAAAAGCAGAACCUGCUGAUGGAGCUUCGCAAAGCAAAAGCUAGGCCUAAUUGCCACUGGCAUACAAUACUGAACCUUGUACGUAUACGACACCCAUUUCAUAUAGUGAUCAGUGAAUACAUGCAGAAAAUAAUUGAAGAGCCUUCAAAAACGGAAUCUGAUUGUCAAUAAAGCUACGUAUAGUGGUAACUGAUAGGCCUUACCUUAGAACGCCAAAAAGCUCACUGCCACUGGUCUAGAACAUUGUCUCUCAACACCCCCAUUCCAUAUUGUUUAGUGAUCAGUGCAUAUAUACGGACAGAGGAAGAAGUUUUGUUGAACCUUCAAAAGCGAAUCGAACCUGCUGAUCCAAAACUGAUGUUGGAG